AUGCCGACUUUGACGGUGAUUGUUCGAGCUGAACUGGAGAGUCUCGUGUGCAUGCCUCGCUCUGUUGCUGAGGCUUCUGUAAAGACCGUAGCUGCUGUUACAACCAGUGCCAAGUCGUUAAAGGAUCAACUUCGGUGUUUCCAGGUACUGGCUCAACAGGCAAAGACCCGGCCCCCCAUGAAAAGGUUAAACCCAUAA